UCAGAUUUCAGCGACCUAAAAUACAUUUGCUCAAAAAGCUCAGGGUCGCCAUACUUGAAUGCGUCUUCGCUACGAGAUGGAAAAGAAAUGAAGAGAUCAAUUGAAAACUAAAAAUUCCCUGUUUCGGAAACUUCUCGUCUGAAUGUUUGCUAUAGUGGACAGGAAUGUGAAUCCGACACUUCAAAUAUAUGUUUCCUAUCCUGCCCUAUCAACUGUUUCUGCGCUGGUCUCUCUUUCAGUUGUUUUUCAAAUAACGCGCCUGUUUACGCAACCUCUUUUUAAGUUUAAUGGUCUUGUGCAGAAAAUGUUGGUUUUUAACGAGAGUUAUCUAAAUUUAAGGGAAAUAAUCCUUGUUCAUUGCACACUGCAAUUAUUAUAUAUAAGUUCUAAUGUUUGGAUUGAAACAUUACACGUCAGCCACAGCUCAAUUGAUAUGGUCUAUAUUGAAGAUGAAACCGACAAUCUUCGAAUUGUUAGUGUUGUAAAUAGCACAUUUGAAAAUAUAAGGCUCUCCAGAAAAACAAAACAUACAUUCGAGUUCCAUGUUCACAAAAGUACAAUGAAAAAUCCAAUUGAUAUAAUGAUAGCAUAUAUGGUUGGUGUACACGUAGACCUAUCGGAAAGUAGAGGAUUUCCUUCUAUAAUUCAUAGUUUUUACGACAAUCCUUUAGUAAAUUUCAGUUCUUGUAAUUUAACUCGUCAACCCAAUGCUGCCAAUUCUGUCAUAGAAACCGUUACACUUGAUCUUAGUUAUAACCUUCUCACUAAGUGGCAUAUGUCACCUGUUGUUCAAAUAUUAUAUCUUCAAGGAAAUUUACUUGAGACAAUUGAUUUCAAAUUGAAUUUUAAGAAAUCAGAAGCACGUUUACAGUACCUUGAUCUGUCCGAAAACUUUAUUGAGAAAAUCGAAAAAGAUGAUUUUGUAGAUUUGCCCAAUAUUCUAUACUUAAAAAUACGAAAUAAUCGUUUACUUGAUAUUCAUGAAAAUGCCUUUUCAGUCAUUUCAAAACUCAUUAACGUAGACCUGUCAAAAAAUCGCCUUCGCUCAUUAAAACGCAGCCAUUUCAUUUAUCUCUCAAAUUUGAAAUAUCUUUAUUUACAAAACAACAAUAUCAAAGUUGUAGAAGGAAUGUUUGAUGGCCUUAUUAAUAUUCAAUUUCUUCAAGUAGAUUCCUUCACGCUUUGCUGUGCCCAACCAAAGGCCGUGGGCAAAAUACAUUGUUCAGCACCAGUAAAUGAGAUAUCAUCUUGCUAUAAUUUGAUAGACACCCCUCUUCUCAGUAUCAUAAUUUGGUACAUAGCCCUUUUCUCUGUAUUUGGAAACUUAUUGGGGCUGCUUUAUAGACUUUUAGUACUAAGAGAAAGAAAGACAAUAUCGUUCUUCAUUUAUUCUAUGAAUCUUGGGAUAGCAGAUUUCUUUAUGGGAGUGUAUCUCUAUAUUAUAGCCAUAGCCAAUUUAAUGUUUACUGGCCGAUAUGGUUUUGAAGACGACUCAUGGAGACAAAGUCCUUUAUGCACAUUUGCUGGUGUUCUGGCAACUCUUUCUAGUGAAGCAUCUGCCCUGUUUGUACUUUCAAUAACAAUAGACCGAAUUGCUAUUAUUCGAUUUCCUUUUGGAAAAUUUGAAAAAAGUCGUUUGGUUGCAAAACUGAUUUCUGUUUUAGUGUGGACAAUUUCUCUUUUGUUAUCUCUGCUCCCUUUGUUUGGAAAUCAGUAUUUUGAUGACUAUUACUUUAGUUCCGGUAUUUGUAUUUCCUUACCUCUAUCCGUUCUACGUAAACCUGGAUGGGAAUACUCUAUGGUGAUCUUCGUAGCAGCGAAUUUCAUCAUUUUCAUAGCCAUACUACUGGGACAAUUUGUUAUUUUUACUGAUGUUAUUCGAAUGGGAAAGGAAGUUAGCUCAAAACGCACAUCGCAAAAGAAAAGGGAAAUCAAUUUGGCAAAAACUUUGAUAAUGGUGGCAGUGACAGAUAUGUUUUGUUGGAUCCCAAUUGGUGUCAUUGGUCUCCUAACUUUCUUUGGCAAGGAUGUAACAGCUAAAGUAUAUGCCUGGGUCAUUGUUGUAGUUCUCCCAAUCAAUUCAGCAUUGAAUCCAAUUAUCUACACAUUUUCGGCAAUAUUGAGACGCAAAAGACAAAAGGUAUGACUGACAUAUGUGUAAUUCGU